AUGUCCUCAAUAUUAUGUUGUGGUAUCUGGCGCCGAAACCAUGACGGAAAGGGUCCCGGGCAACCGGAGGACAGUCUCGCAAUCAAAGGUUCCGGAGCGGAACGUUCCACCAUCCAUAGCCAAGUCACAACUGAAACCAAAGUAUUGACGGCACCAGGCGACACGGAGACUCCUUCGCCGCCUGCCGCCCAGCAAAGCCUCAAAUCCGGUUCUCAGGUCCAAGUGCCGCAAAAAACUCCAAACGAUCAAGCAUCCGAGCAUUCGAGCCGGCUAAAGCCAUAUGCCGAUAACUACGAUCUGUGGACUGAAGCCCUAGAGUCAUUGAAGGAGGAAGAAAGGCGUGAUGUGGAGGCAUUGCUGGGUGAUCUGGACCGCGACGACACCGACAGAAAAGGUUUGGUAGAGGACAUCCAAAAACAACUAGAUGUGGCAUCGAAGAGCGAGCAUCACGACAGAACGAAAUCGAUUGACAAAUUCUUAUCGGUGUUGAACAAAUUUCUUUCCGUCGGAGAUGUCGUUGUCAGCUUUGACCCUGUUCAUGCUGCCCUGCCAUGGGCUGCUGUUCGAUCUGUUAUCGUGAUUUUGACCGCGGACCGCGAGUUAAAAGGGUUUAUUCUCACUGGAAUGGCCGAGGUCGCUUCGCUCCUCAUACGAUGUGACAUGUACCAGCAAUUAUACAUGGCUCCAGAUUUCGCUCUCCGCCCGCCUGAAGACGCCUUGGAUAAAUUGAGCGCAUCUAUCGUCCAAACCUAUGCUGAUUUACAGUCAUUCCUUGCCUUCAUGGUAAGACACCAGCGGAGCAAGGUCAAGAUAGAUUCUGUGUUUAAGCUCGAAAAUGCGCGAAGCCAUAUGAACAAGCUCUCUGGGAGUGAAAAGCUGUUACUGCAAGCUGCAGACGACUGUGAAAAGGCUUCCGAUCUAUCAAGUAGAUCUGAUCUCAGAGAACUUCUUAACCUCGCAGCGGAGAUCCCUACCAUUCGAGACCAGGUAGAUUUGGUUCUGGAACGAAUUAGCGCCAAGGACGAGCGCGAGCUGCUAGAAUGGAUCUCGCCGAUACCAUAUGGAAAGCAUCACACAUUUAGAGAAGAAUCUCGAACUCACGGCACAUGUGAGUGGUUGCUACAAAACGAAGACUUUUGUGAAUGGAGGAACUAUCAGUCAUCGGCGGUUCUGUGGCUCCAAGGCUCGAUGGGAGCCGGGAAAACAUACCUCACUUCCAAGGUCAUUGACCAUGUUCAGGGUCUACUUAAAAGCUCAUCACCCGAUGCGGGUUUCGCAUAUUUUUAUUGCAAUCGGAAUGAAGAUGAACGAAGAGAUCCGCUUUGCAUCCUUCAAAGCUACGUUCGCCAACUGUCAACUGCUGUUGGAAGUACUGGACACAUACGCAAAAGGCUCCAGGUCGUCAGCGAUGAAGCAAGACGUCAGGGAUCUCACCUUGGCCUCGAGGCAUGUAAGACUCAACUACUGGAAUCGGUGAAUUGGUACUCUCAGACCACAAUCAUCCUUGAUGCCCUGGACGAAUGCUAUGAGCACUCGCGCUGGCAGCUCAUCGAUGUGAUACGUGAAUUGGUAUCUAAGUCUGAUCGGCCGCUUAAGGUAUUCAUCUCAAGCCGACCCGACGAAGAUAUCAAGACGCAGUUCUCCGGGAAGAACAUUGAGAUCUACGCGAUAAACAAUCAAGAUGAUAUUGAGAAAUUUGUCAAUGCCGAAAUAGACAAGCCUAGACACUGGGGGCCGAUAUCCCAAUCACUGCGGAGCGACAUCGUCAGGACCCUCCGUGAAGGCAGUCAAGGAAUGUUCCAGUGGGCGUACCUACAAAUUCAACAGGUGCUUGAACUGCCAACUGAACGAGACAUCCGGGAUCGGCUUGGGAGACUUCCGAUUGGACUCAAAGAAGCAUACGAUGAGAUAUACGGAAAUAUUGCCAAAUUUCAGAAUGCGAAGGUCCUCGUAGAUCGCGCAUGCAAGUGGGUGAUGAGUGCCUGUACACCUCUCAGCAGCGAUGAGCUUUUGUCCGCAAUUCUCAUUGAUUCUGACGAAAGUUCCAUCGACUUCGAAAAUGAAGUCACCGAAUCAGAGUUACUGGUUCUAUGCAAAAACCUACUUGUUCUCGACUCUCAGAGGGAAGUUUGGAGGUUCUCCCACCUGUCGGUAGUGGAAUAUUUUGAAUUCAACCACUGGGGCCUUGGGCAGGCUCAUUCUGAUGCUGCAAAAGUAUGUCUCAAGUUUAUGAUUGAAACAUAUGGGAACCCGACCUACGAAGGCGAUAUAAAAAGCUCAGGCGACAAGCAAUACAUGAACCCCCCGAACAAGCUUGGCUCCAUUCAUCCGUUGGAAAAAUAUGUGCAACAACACUGGGUGAUUCACGUUACAACAUACGAAGAUCUAAUCGCCAAAAAAGGACAAGAAGUAGACUCUUUGUUAGCGAAACUUUUAAAGAGUUUUCUUGGUUCUCCCAGCGAGAGCAGUUUUCAAUACCGCGCCUGGUAUCGUAGCCUUGGCUCCGCAUAUGACAGCCCAUCGUCGAGCUUUUUGCGUGAGAGGGGCAAGUUCAAGUUCGGCAACAUCAGCCAUCAAGAGGAUAUCUCUCCAGAAGAGGUCACAAUUUGCGCCAUGUGCCGCUUCCCGUUGUACAUUCUCCUACGGGACUGGUGGGACAACGCAGAGUUCACUAUAUCACAGACCAGUGAACAAGGCAACACCCUCUUGGUGCUUGCUGUUAAGGCAGGUUGCAAAGCUAUCUGUGAGGCACUUAUAAACCGAGGAAUAGAAAUAAACCUUAUGUUGCCUAGCAACAGUUACGGGAGCGCUCUCGCCGCUGCCGCCUGGGGAGGAAAUAAAGAGAUCGUUAACCUCCUUAUUGAGAAUAGGGCCGACGUGAACCUUACGUUGCUGGGUGGAAGCUUCGGGAGCGCUCUCGCCACUGCUGCUUCAAAAGGAGAUAAAGAGAUCGUUGACCUCCUUAUUGAGAAUGGGGCCGACGCGAACCUUACGUUGCCGGGUGGACACUAUGGGAGCGCUCUUACCGCUGCCGCCUGGGGAGGAAAUAAAGAGAUCGUUAACUUCCUUAUUGAUAAUGGGGCCUACACGAACCUUACGUUUCCGAGUGGACACUUCGGGAGUCCUCUCGCCGCUGCUGCCCGGGGAGAAGAUAAAGAGAUCGUUAACAUCCUUAUUGAGAAUGGGGCCGACGCGAACCUUACGUUGCCGGGUGGGAACUACGGGAGUGCUCUCGCCGCUGCUGCCCGGGGAGGAAAUAAAGAGAUCGUUAACCUCCUUAUCGAGAAUGGGGCCGACGCGAACCUUGUGUUACUGAGUGGAGACUUUGGGAGCGCUCUCGCCGCUGCCACCCGGGGAGGAAAUAAAGAGAUGAUUAACCUCCUUAUUGAGCAUGGGGCUGACACGAACCUUACAUUGCCGAGUGGAGACUUCGGGAGCGUUCUUGCUGCGGCCGCUUUUAUAGGAAAUAAAGAGAUCGUUAACCUCCUUAUCGAGAAUGGGGCCGACACGAACCUCACGUUGCCGAGUGGAGACUUCGGGAGCGCUCUCGCCGCUACCGCUUAUAGAGGAGAUAAAGAGAUCGUCAAUCUCCUUAUUAAAAGUGGGGCUGACGUGAACCUUACGUUGCCGAGUGGAAAGUUCGGAAGCGCUCUCGCUGCGGCCGCUGCUAUAGGAUAUAAAGAGAUUGCUAACCUCCUUAUUAAGAAUGGGGCCGAUGUGAACCUUGCGCGUUCUAUCGCCGCUUCUCGGGGACUCAAAGAGAUCAUGAAGGUGCUCGUCGAGCUUGAGGCCGACGCAACCCUCGUGUUGUGGAGUUGA